AUGGACCUGUCCAUCAGGGAGCGGCUGCUGGCGGCAGAGAGCCGCCGAGAUGCAGAGGCUUUGGAGAAUGCUUAUGAGUUGAUCAAAUCAGCCAGCCAAGAAAAAUCAUCAGAUAACUUGAGCACUGACUUAUAUGUUUUAUGUGCUGAACAAGGACUUCAGCUGGGAUAUCUGGAAAUCAGCAGUGACUGUCUGCAGAUGUAUUUUAAAGGAAAAUUUCCUGUGAACCAGUUUCUUGGCAGAGCUUAUUUGUGCCAAGGCCAGUUGCACACUCCACUCUCUACGGACAAUUUGGAAGACUUUGAGAAGUUUGUGAUGUUUUUUAGGAAGGCAAUAGAUUUUGCCAUCCACAAUCAAAGAUACUAUUUUUUGAUAUAUAAUGCCUCAGUUCUUUACUGGCAGCUUGUGAGGCCGUAUCUUAAGCCUGGGUUCCGCUAUUGUCUUAUUCCCAGCCUUUCUCAGAUUGUUAAGGCAUUAAACCAAAUUGAAGAACAAGACAGUGAAUGGAGAGCAGAGCUCAUGAUAAAUUUACUGGAGUGUUUCCUCGAUGCUUCAAAACUGAAAGACGCAAAAGAGUUUUCGUCUACCGCAGCGACCUUUAUUAAAGAAAAUGUUCCAGAUAAAUAUUCUCAAUUAUUUUCUCUAAUGGUAUAUCACAAACUAAUGGAUAUUUCCCAGGUAGAGAAGGAAAUACAACAUUCCAUCCAUUUAUCAGUUAUUUAUAAAAUGCAGACCUUAAAAUUGCAGUGGGACACAAAUGAGUUUCCAAGUGAUGCCACUGAAAAUCUGAAUUCUUUGUAUGUACUGUUGAAACAAUACGAGGUACCUCCAGCAUCUGUUCUCAGAUUGAAGAUUCCUUUGAUUCUGGAGCUAGCUCGUUUUUGUAUGAAAGUAAAUUGCUUGAAGCUUGCCUAUGAUUGUAUUCUUGAUUUGAAGAGAGCUGAGAUUACUGACCAAGGGAAACUUAUUGAAAUACAAUGCCUGGAAAGUGAAUAUGAAAUUAAAAAAAUGGACACGAGAAUUAUGACUUACGCCAAAGGAGUUGUUGAGGCUCAGCUGGAAGUGAUAAAAACCCUUGGGUUAGCCUUAAAAUGUGCGGUUCGGUUGGGGGAUCCUGGUGUGAUUCAGGUGGUUUGUGCAGCCCAGUGGAAUCUGUGCCUGCCACUGCUACAGCACAAUUUGCUUCAGUGUGUGCGGACGCCGUUGGCAGCAGUGGCUGAUGUGCUCGAAGGCAUUGACAGCAUGCUGAUUUUGUUGCGGUGCCAAGUUCAUAUGGAAAUAGCUCGUAUUGAAGAAGAUGGGGACAGAAUAGAGGCUGCUGUGGAGCAUGUGCAAAAGGCUAUACAUCUGGACAAGAAGGGGCAGCACCAAGAGUAUCUGAGACUGACUUUAAAUCGCCUCCAUUUGUGCACUGUGCUGCAUAAGUCACCUCAGCGUCCAGAGGAUCGGGCAGCAGUGCUGAUUGAACGGGCUAAAAGGCGGGGAGAGCAGAAGGAUAGUGUGCAAAAAAGGAGGUCCCUUCUGGUGAAUGCUGGUCAUGCAUUAGCUCCUGAAUCAUUUCAUAUAGUCCUUGACAGUGAGAAUGAAGCUAAAGUUUCCUUAGGUAAAAGUGGGAGCCGGAUAAGCUACCUCUGUGCAAAAGCACAACAUCAUAUUAAAAGUGUGGAGAAAGCUGAUGAACAUUUGAAACACUUCAGAGGUGAAAAUGAGGGAGAGAGAGUUACACUUUGGGCAGAUCUGGCAAAAGCUGCACGUAAAGGGGAAGUGUGGGACGUCUGCCGCGCAGCCUGCAGAUUUUGUCUCUUGUAUGAGGAGGCUUUGUUUAGGAAGGUAACAAAGACUAAAAAAACACCGAACAAGAAACUUAUUAUGACUACAAUGGAUGAUGAUCAAGGUGACAGCUUACCAAGAGAAUCAGUACUGCCUGAUAAAUACUUCUCUUUUGAAAGAGAUUUACUAAGAAUAUUAGCAGAAAUAAGAUUCAUUAAUGCAGAGGCAACUAUUAAUUUGUUAAGAUUGCAGGGUGUUGAACUGAAUGAUCAUGCUGUACCUCCAGAACGUGCAAGUCCAGGACGUGUUUCAUAUCCUCCUGAAUAUGAUCCAGAAUGGAAAACAUACAGUUCAUGGAUAGAGUACUUAUCUCAGUAUGCUAUGGGAAACUUCCAACGUGCAGCUGAAAUAGGAGAAGAACUGAAUGAAGCCUGGAUUGUUCACAGUGCUGUGGUAUAUACCUUAAACUACAACAGACAUAUUAUCUCUUCAGGAAGACAGAGGCAAAUUAUUGAGUAUCUGCAGACUCUUCUCGGAGCCACCCAGACUGUUGGGCAUGAGGGAAGUGCUAUGACUCUGUUGAUGUUAUGUGAUGCUUUGGCUCGGGGCUUAAUGCUUCGUUGGAUUCCAAAGCCAGAAUUUGCUGAAAAGGAAAAAAAAGGUGCAGCAACAGGCAGAAGUGAAAAAGCUUCAGCAAAGAAAACUGACAAAGCAAAUGUCAGCCUGCCUUCUUCAGUAGAUCCCACUGGGCUUCCUGAUGUCAAGGCUGCCUUAGAGAUUUGUGAAUUUGCUCUGAGUGUGGCAGAUGGAGCCAUGCCUGAUGAAGCAGUACCUGUGGCUGCACAGCAACAGAUCAUUGCUACGUGGGUAAAAGCAAAGCAGUUAAAUCAGCAGCAGAUCAGAUACAAGCUUGGGACAGAGGAGGAGAAUAAGGAUGAAGCACAAAAUCUCAUGGCAAGAAUUCUUGUUGGCCUAGAAAUGUAUUCAUGUAAUGGCUUGGGCCUCAUGGAUUUCACUGUUCCUAGCUUAUCUCAGUUAGUGAAAUUGGCUUUGGAAUGCAGUUGGUCAGAUUCCUUAGUGGAAUUGCAGACACUGACACGACUGAUAUAUUUUGCAUAUGAAUCCUAUGACUAUGAGAUAGUGAUGAUUUGUUCCAAAAGGAUCUUGCAAACAGAUGAGAAGUUUUUGCACAGUAGAGAUGCUAGGAAAGAUGAAAUGCCUGGAAACACGGCAAGACAAGAAAUGUUAAGCAUCGCUGCCUGUAUACAAGGAAAGAGUAUAAUGGAAAAUUCCUCUGGAAGAAAACAUGUGUGUGUGGAAGCAUCAGAAGCCUUUGUCCAGAGUGCCAGGUUUGCAGGAAAAGCUGGAAGUUAUCCCCUUGUAAUGUUUGCAGCCAGACACUUUUGGAAUACAUGUUUGCCCUUAUUAGGAUCUCCUCAAGACAGAGGGCAGUUUAAAGAACCCACUGAAAUAUUUCUUAAGAAUAUAAUCAAAGCAGAAUCUAAAAAUAAACAGGAGAAGAAAGAGUUGUUGCCUUUGCAUCAGUGGAUUACAAAGGAUUUUCAAAGUAUUGGAUUAUCAGUUGGAUGCUUUCUCCCAGGUGCUGAGGAAGAUCUGACAUUAAGAACCUCCUUAUAUGGGUUAUUAUUCCACAUCUAUGCUGAUCAAGCUGACUGGGAGACUGCACUGAAAGUCCUGGAUGAAGCUAUUCAAGUUUUGCCUCAGACAAGACACAGGCUCCUGAUUUUUAAGCAUAGAGUUACAGUGAAGGCAAGACUGGGAUGCACUCUUACAAUGGACAUUGAGAAACUGAGAGAUGAAAGUGAAGAUUAUUUGUCACAAAUGUGGCGUCACCUGGUGACAGUCUCCAGCAGUACUGUUGGACAGUUAAGCUGUUUCCAAAAUGCCAUCACUGCUGUACAGAAACAAGAAAACGAAUGGCAGAAAGUUGAUUACCUGAUGGAAUUCGCUCAGUGGUUAUAUUGCAACCAGUUUCCCCUCAGUGAUGUCAUUAAACCUCUGGACUGGGUGGUAGAUCUCUUGCUACAUAUGAAAUUUUCUGUGCCAUCCUCACAAGGAGAAGAACACUUGAGGGUAGACCCUGGAUCAAACGAUGCCAUGCCCCAAAUGAAUUUGGAAGAUUUGAGCAAUAUUAAACAAUUGGAAGCUUUGUUUCGAGCACAGACAUUAAUGGCUUUAAUUUCUGGCUGUAGUUCCCUUUCUCAUCAGCAGCACUGUUUGAUGGCCUAUGCCUGUAUCCUCCAGAUCUGGCAGGUAUCACUGUCAGCAUCAGGACCUAUUGCAAAGUCUUCACGACUUACAGCUCCUCAGAAGGCACAAUCAAUAAAUGCUCCUAAAAAAAAGGACAAAAAGAAAGAGCAGCAAGUUGAAGUGUCAGUUGUGACAGAGAAGCUGAAAGGGAAAGGAUCAGUGGAUACCUUGCCAGCUAACGUGGAGGAAUGGGCUCAUUAUGACUGUCCCAAGGAAAUCAGAGACACUUUUAAAGAGAAAACAAACAGCUGUGGAAUUAACUGGGACAAUUUCCCAAAGCCUAUUUGCACUUUGUAUUUUAUGGACCUUUUAUCUAAAGAGCUACAGAAGAUUUUUUGCCCCCACUUGAUUCUUCCCAUCUUUCAGCUAGCUGAAGUUAUUGCUAAUGAAGUUGUGGGAUGCAGAAGUUUGUCUGAUCUCUAUCACCUUCGAAUUGCCCUGAUAUGUUCAGACCUAAAACUGAGUCAGGCAUCUUUGUAUCAUGAGAAAGCUGCUGGAGAAGCACACAUUAGUGAAUUGGAACAAGCAAUGUGUAGGCAUGAGAUUGCAAUGAAAAAAGAAAAGAAAGCUCAUACUAAGAUGGAAGAUGGAAAAACAGUUUCUGAAAAUGCUCAGCUGAGUGAUAGUAGGGAUGAGAAUAUCCUUACUUCAAGUGAAAAGGUUUUUGAGUUCAAUAUGAUAGCAGGAAAAGGACUGAGUGCACUUUCUUUCCCUUACCUGUGGAUAGAAAAGGCUGAAGUGCUGAUCCAGCUGGGCUUGUAUCAACAGGCAAGACUUCUGCUUUCAGAGGCCCAUGGUGCAGCCCAGGAACUGGGGGCCCUUCAUGAUUUGUCAAGGUGCUUGUACUUACUUGCUGUAUUGGCCAACCUGGAGAGAAACCACAGGCAAGCUAAAGUGUUCCUUGAUAAAGCACAGCUUCUAGGAGGAAAUGAGCAGUUUUGGUACAACAGUACUCUCAGUCUAAUUGAAGCAGUUCUAGAGGGAGAGGAAGAAGGAAGACAGAGCAUGGCUUGUGAGAUACUGGAACACACUAUAAGUGUGCUCAGAUCUGCUUUAGUGAAGAGACCCAACAGGCAGUCGGAGUUGGGUUUUGUAAUCGCAUGCCUUGAAGCCAGGAUGGUUGCCAAGCAGGAAAGAAGCAAAGCAGCGAAACAUAGUCACUAUCUGGAUGCUUAUAACUUAGCUCAGAGGGCUGUAUGUCAAACAGAGGAAGUGUUCCGUGAUGUUUGGAGCUUGUUUGCAGUUAAUGAGACUACAGAUAUCAGUAUCCCAUUAAUGAGGCAACUAGCUAACAGGAAACUAAAUCUUGUAGAAAUUGUUUUGGAUAUUUUUCAUCUUGUUAUUACUGAGAAAAAGCUUAAAAAAUUGGGAGAAGCAUCGUCUCGCGAACUCGUGGAGGCAUUCCUCAGGGGAACUGCUGAAGGUGAUGCAGCAGAACAGGCCUGGGAGCAUAUGGAGCGCACUGUGGGUCAUAUUGCACUGGCUCAGUUAGCGAACAUACAGCUUCUUUGUAGAGGCUGCCCUGACAUCAAAUCCAAAUGCCUGUACCUCGCUGGAAAAACUCUCCAUUUGCUUGCCAUUGAUGUAGAUCCUGUACAUUCAGAGCUUUACUGGGAGCCAGAUGUUACGGAAGAAGCUAAAUUAGACAUUUCCAAAUCUUCCCUGACGGCAGCAGAAUGCAGUGAACAGGGAGUGACAGACAGCAAUUUGCCAACUGACCAGCAUCAGCAUGAUAAGUGUAAGAGGAAAGUACUGGAGUUAAAGAAGGAACAUGGUCUGUCUCAGAAAUACCUUUCUCAGUCCAGUGAAGCUUUGCUGCAGUCUAUGGGUGUUGCAUUCAGUCAUAAUGUUACUGAUGUUCUGGCUCGUGCUAGCUUAGAAAUGGUUGAAUGCUUUCAACAAUUCGAUCCAAUUGCAACUAGCCAGUUUUUGGCCCUUCACCAGAGCUGUUCAGCAUCUCUGACGAUGAAGAGUAUUCUUCUAGCAGCUACAUCUAACACCAGCAGCUCUCAGGUGGCAGCAUUACUGCAUCUUCAGAAUCAUUUACAACAACACAGAAACACAGGUGAUCUUCUAAAAAAGGUGGAACAGCAACUGGCUGCUACUUCAAUGGCAUGGAAAAAUCUCUGUAUUCCUGUUGAACAUUUUAACAUUAUGGAUGAAUUGCCCUCUAAUUUCUGUGUAAUGGUUCUCCAGCAUUCAGAAGACAGAUCAAAUCUGUACAGCUCAUUGAUUGAGAAGCCAAAAGUGAAUACUGCAGAGCAAAAGGGAAGGGCCAUGCAGCCGAUGGUGCAAGCAAAAGUUUCCAGGUGUCCUGUGAGUCCUGGUGCAUUCUAUGUUUUGUUGGAAAAGCUGCAUCUCUACAAGCAGCAGAAGGUGGAAAGCCAUCUUAGACAGACUUCCAUUCAAAACGUGGAAGAGUGUGUCUCCAAAACAGAAGAGAUUCCUCCAGUCAAAACAGAUGAUAAUGGGCAUGAUGUGACAUCAGAUUUCUCUGAAAUACUAGAAAUGAUGGAAGACUACCUGAAACCUGUCCUCUCCCAGUGUGAUCUGUCUGGUGUCAGAGCACAGAGCACUUCAGUUUCAGCAGCUGACUCAGGAACAACAAAAGUGAAAGAUAAGGACAUCAAACACACUAGAAAGCAGGGUACACCUCUGGACUUGGAACUGUGUGUGGUGUUACUAGGAGAUCAGUUAUUUAUGGAAUUGCCUUUGGAAGCCCUAAGCAUCUUUAAAGGGAAAGGAAUAUGUUCUGUAUCCAGAGACUUUUCUCUCCAGAUUCUCUACAAUCGAAUACACCUGGCUGAGCCAGAUAUUGUGGACCCCUAUAAUGAAGGACGAGAUGCAGAAGCUUUAAGCCCUUCCCAAAAAAUGAAGGAAAUCCUAGAGAAAUACCAAGCCCUAUUUACACUGCAGUGGGAAGGAGUUACUGGCAGUGCCCGUGUGCCAAGCCAAGCUGAAUGGGAGCAGCUGCUGACAAACUGCAGUGGAUUUCUCUUCUACGGAAUGGAGAGAUUCCUGUCUCAUGUUUUACUCAACAGACUAGUUGCUAUGAACAUCCCAAAGUGCCGUCUGAUGAUACUUCUGGAUCUGGUGCGCUCCAAGAAGAGUUACCAGAGAGUUGCAAACUCUGGGAUCCACAAAAGUUGCCAAUAUGUUGCUAUAGAGGGACCAACGGAGACAGCAAUGCUUCUAAGCCUGAGUGGUGUGGGGUCCAUUAUAGCCAACCAGUGGUUCACUACCUUGCAGGAGAAUGCCCAGAGGCUGGACAUUCUGUCAGAGAGUUUGCUGAGCAUGGGUAGAACUACUGGGCAGACAGUCUAUGUUCUCCAGGAGACUCUGACGCCCAAGGGAAGGGAUGCUAUUACAAUGGAAGUGGAUUCUGAUGGCCCUCCUGGACGCAAAGCAGAAGAUCAGCCCAUUCACCUUUCCUCAGCUCUCCCUGCAAAUUGCCCAGCCUCUCUGAACUGUGUGCUCUAUGGUUUACCCAACACAGUGGUGAUGUGA